GCAGUGGAGUGAGGGGGGGUGGACGGACGGGAUUGGUCAGCAGUUUGAAUGACCCUCCUCAUCACCACCCACCAUCCUGCUGCACUAUAAAGUCUGCUGUCCAUCCUCAGCCUCCGCAAACACACAACGCCUGUCUGAACUCACACUGAGGUGAAGAGUAAGAUGACAAUGACUGACCUGGAGACCUCGAUGGCGACCAUCAUUGCGGUGUUUCAGAAGUAUUCUGAGAGAGAAGGAGACAAACACAAACUGAAGAAGAGCGAGCUGAAGGAUCUGCUUCACGACGAGCUGCCAGAUCUGAUGACGCAUGUCAAAGACCAGGCCGCGCUUGACAGCCUGAUGGAGAGCCUGGAUGCCGACGGCGACGCCGAGUGCGACUUCCAAGAGUUCAUGACAUUCAUCUCCAUGGUUACCGUCUGUUGCCACGAGUUCUUUGAGCAUGAGGACGAGUGAAGGAGGAGGCGAGACAAAAGAGGGGAGCUACAGUAAAUUAUAAAGAAGAAGAAGAAGCCUAGCAACGCACAACCCUGUAGGUGCCCUCAGAGCAGUGCAUGGUGGGAAAAACACAACUCCAGCCAGCAGCCAAAACAUUAUUAGAGCAGUAAACUUUUCUAUUUGAGUCUAAAUAUCUAGAUGGCUUGUAAAGUCUUUCAAAUGGCUCUGAAGUUUGUUACAAAAGCAGCCACUGAUUCCUAAAAGUAGUUUCUUUAACAACAUUUUGCUCGUUAGUUGGCUGCAGAAACUGACCAUGUUUCUGUAGUUUUUUAAUUCAGCAUAAUUCCCCAUCACAUUCUGUAAAUCAAACGGAAACAUUUGAGAAGUGUUCGCUAGAUUUUGGGUAUAGCUAGAACUUUGUUCUGCAAACCACCAAUCAAUAAUGUAAGGUUGUUCUGUUGAAAAGAGCCAGUAAAGUUGUAUAGAUGACUGUCUACUCUACACAUAAUAACCAUUUGGAGGUACUUUUUAAACCGAUGUUUAAAAGAUUGUGGCUGGUAUAUUUCAGAUGUGGCUAUUUAGCAGCCUCCAAUCAUUCUUUUGAGAUUUACACAAAGCGUUUUAAGAAGCCAGUAAAUCGAGAAAGAGACAUUUCUACAGCCCUGUCUCCUACUAAAUUAUGUUCCCAUACAACUCAACUCAAUUCUUACUUUCUGAGGGAAACAAAAACGGAUAAAAACGCAACAAAACUACUUGGUUAGGUUUAGUAAAAGUCAUGCGUUGGCUUAAAUUCAGUAUGUUACAGUACGUUAUUUCAACCCGUUCUCAUCCCAACUCGCCGCAUACUGAUGCUUUGUCAGACCCCUCGGCGCCAUUUUUCAAUCGCAGUAAACACGUUCUUAAUGUUGUGAAUUAAACAAAAAUGCUUGCUUAGGUUCAAGCAACAAAACCACUUAGUUAGGUUUGAGAAAGAACAACAUGGUUGGGCUUCAAACUACUGCGUUUGUAAAGUGAAAAUGAAACUGAACGUUAUGAACACGCGACACGAACAAACUGAUCUGAUCUGAAACUUAACACACGGGACAUGAACAGCGGUCUCCUGGAUGACAGUCCUGUGUUUGUUUGUCCCAUCCAUUCACCCCUUUAUACUCCGUUAGCACACUCCCGGAGCAUUUUCUAUGCAUGUUUAAUAUUGCUGCGGAUGGGUUUACUACUGUAUGUACUGAUGCCAAAGCAAAGCAUCAGUAUGUAACGCCCUGGAAAUGAGAACGUGCUGGAUGAAAGUUUGUUUCACCCAUCUAUCCGCCCCAACCUCCUGGAUUAUGAUUUGAAACGUAUUUGUGAUACAUCCGGGAGAAAAUACGUAGUUUCACUGUCUGGAAACGUAAUUUUUAGGAGACCAGGUUGCAUUUUUAUCAACUCCUGUCGCCACUUUAGGAGUCAACCAACUGCUUAGAGGCACCUGUGUUUGAAAAACCUUGUUGACUAUCAAAUAUUGAAAGUUACUUGUAAGUUGGUUGUUGGCUAGUAACAGUUUCAAAAUGGCUUGUGAGUUUUUAAUCUAGAAGCCACUUUGGAAGCAACUAUUUAGGAGUUCACAUACUUUUCAGACAACAUUUUUAAAACAUGUAGUUGAUUAUCUAACAUUGAAGUGACUUCUAACUUACUCUUCAAGUUACAUACGUUUAAUUGGCUAGUAAAAUGAUGAAAAUGGCUUUUUUACACUCUAGCUGCAGUUACCAACCAUAAUUUAGAGUUAUAUUGUAAAUCUGGCUGGUAGAUUUCAGAUGUCGCUAGUAAGUUUAUCUAUUCAACAUGUUUUUGUUCAGCUCUUGUCUAUUUGGAGCUACUUUAUGUUUAGGUAGUUGGUAAACAAGUAAUCAACAUGUAUUUGAGUCAUAAUACAUGUCUAAUCAUAAAUAUAAUCAUAAAAUGUUUGGAUUUAGAAGCCAACAAUCCGAUUCAAUGUUAGAAUACAGAAUCUAGUUUCACACUCUUCUCGUCAUGUAAAGAAAACAUAUGAGGUAUGAAGAUGUUUAUCAAAGCAGUCGAACUGAGUUCGUCUGAUGAUGAUGGCUAUUUUGAAAUGUUGGUUUGUUUGGAUGUCGGUGACAUGAAAUGAAUUAAAUUAUCAAUGUGUGACUCUUGA